GUUCAGUUGCUUGCUGCUUCUGCUUCUUUCUUCACUCCCUUUGCAGCUUCAAACAAAAACCCGUUUAAGAGCUUCAUGGGCGCGAGCAGCGACCCGACCCAAGACGGGUCGGACGAGCAACAGAAGCGGUCCGAGAUCUACACCUACGAGGCUCCAUGGCACAUCUACUCCAUGAACUGGAGCGUACGACGCGACAAGAAGUACCGUUUGGCCAUCGCUUCACUUCUCGAGCAGUACCCGAACCGGGUCGAGAUCGUCCAACUCGAUGACUCCAACGGCGAGAUCCGAUCCGACCCGAAUCUUUCCUUCGAGCACCCAUACCCUCCCACGAAGGCCAUGUUCAUCCCCGAUAAAGAGUGCCAGCGCCCGGACCUAUUGGCCACCUCCAGCGACUUCCUUCGGGUCUGGCGGAUAUCCGACCCGGAAGAGACCCAAACCCGGGUUGAGCUCAAGAGCAUUCUCAACGGCAACAAGAACAGCGAGUAUUGCGGGCCUCUUACAUCCUUCGACUGGAACGAAGCCGAACCGAAACGCAUCGGAACGUCAAGCAUCGACACCACGUGCACCAUAUGGGACAUCGAGAAGGAAACCGUCGACACGCAGUUAAUCGCGCACGACAAGGAGGUUUACGACAUCGCGUGGGGCGGCGUUGGGGUUUUCGCUUCCGUUUCCGCUGACGGCUCCGUUAGGGUUUUCGACCUCCGUGACAAGGAGCAUUCGACCAUAAUCUACGAGAGCUCGGAACCGGACACGCCGCUUGUUCGUCUCGGGUGGAAUAAACAGGACCCUCGUUACAUGGCUACUAUUAUAAUGGAAAGUGCUAAGGUUGUCGUGUUGGAUAUUCGCUUCCCCACGCUUCCGGUGGUGGAGCUUCAGCGGCACCAGGCGAGUGUGAACGCAAUCGCGUGGGCCCCUCAUAGUUCUUGCCAUAUCUGCACCGCUGGUGAUGAUUCUCAGGCUUUGAUUUGGGACUUGUCUUCUAUGGGUCAACCCGUUGAGGGUGGGUUGGACCCGAUUCUUGCUUACACUGCUGGUGCUGAGAUUGAACAGCUUCAGUGGUCUUCUUCUCAGCCUGAUUGGGUUGCCAUUGCUUUCUCCACUAAGCUUCAGAUUCUCAGGGUGUGACUCCUUUCUCUCUCUCUCUCUCUCCCUGAUGCUUUUCUCUUUGUGCAAAAAAAACUGGGUAUUGUUUUCACCUAGAACUUACUUCUGUAGGGUCCUCAAGUUAAGGUGGUCUAUUAUUGUUGUUUCUCUUAUUGGUUUUAUUGUUAAAACGUUAACCUUAAUGGGUAGCUCUAAAGAUAAUCCAGGGUUUUAGAACUAAGACGCUUCGGAUUUAGUGAAAAAAAUACAAGUCUUGGAUUGUUUCUGGCAAGUUGGUCUGUAUUUAUCACAUUCUUGUUCACUGGAAAAUUCCAUUGCAUGUAAAUGUUUUCAGUUUCAUCCAUAUUUGUUUUAAUUAUGACUCAUUGUGUGUGUGUGUGUGUGAGAUGGAUAUCUUCCAGCUAAGAAAGUCACUUAUGAUGCGUGGCAAGGGAAGGUUAUGUGUUUGAUUUGACUAACUAUUGGAGUUUGGGUUUUGGUGGUUUGUGCUUAAGCUCUUUGGUAUUGAUUUGUCUGGAUGAUGGCUGCAUUUUUUUGUUAUUAUUUUUUAUUUUGUGUGUGGAUGCUCUGUUAUCUUCAUUGUUCAAUCUUACUGGGACACCCUAUUUAAGAGAAAGCUGAUGCAAGGUGGUGUGAUUUGAGUAUCAAGCGGGUUCUGCGGUGUCAUGGGAGAAAAAUAUCAAUCCCCUUUCUUUCCUCUUAAUGUUGACAUUGUGCUUUGUUGGUUUGCCUUAAGCUGACCACGAUUCUGUUGUUGGAUUUUUAGCUUUCUUUCUUUUCUUUUUUUUUCUCCCUCUAGACAGAUGAAGUUAGGGUUUAGACUUUAGAAAAGCACAGGAAAUAAAUUAGACAUUGUCUAAAACACAUGAGAUUUUAAAGCAUUAUAUGAUAAAACCCUCCAUUUAAGAAACCCCCUUUUAUAGAUCAUAAUAACUUAAACCACUCUGCUCACUGAUUAGCCAGAUGAACAAUGCUUG